CAAGUGCUUUGUUUUUGAAUGUUGCAGUUAGUUUCAGUGCUAUGCAUAAGAAUGCAGUUUUUAUUUGUGAUAAUACUUGCACUCCACUUUACAUUAAUAGUAUGCAAGCGGAAAUACAAAGAUUCCUCCUCCGAAGAAAGCAUAGAAAACGUCCUAUAUUACCAAGAUUGCAAGCAUAAACGCGACCAACCAGCGCCAUUACAAAUGAGGGCCGUUGAACCACCGACAACAAAGAAGCCCCAAGAAUGCAAAAUGUGUUGCUCUAUGUGCUGUGGAGAGGAGUGUCAGCAGUCAAGCACUUGCAACCAACAAAAACCUAAAAUGAGACAGCCUCAGUUCACACCAGUGAAAAAACUUGAGCCAGCCCGACCCACCCGGCCGCGCGUAUUAAAUCAAAACCCAUUUUUUGCUAGAAGAGAAUUUGGAUUAACAAAAGAAAAUAUUAAGAGCCUUAUAUCUCAAGAUACGGAUAUAAGAAAGAUUUUAAAGGACUUAGUAAGAGUAACAAUGCAGAAGGUUGAUCUGAUGCAGCUAUUGAAGGCCAAGCAGACAGACAAGCCGUUGGUGAAAGAGAACGAGUAUGAAAAUGAUUUAUAAAGACUCAUAGAUUAAUAAAAGUACACA